CGUUCCGUGAAUAGUUGCCUCGAAGCUUUGACGUUAUGGCGGCCGGAUUUUGACGUCCCACGGCGAAACAUGCGAAACGUUAACGUGGAACAGUGGUUCGGUGCGAUCGACAACGUUGGAGACUUCGACGGUGGGUCAGGCGACGAGACGAUGCGACGGUUUCCCGUAGGACUUGAUUUAAGUGCAAUUUUCGAGUGACAAUGUUUGCGGAUCUGUGGCAUGUAAUCGCGAUCGUCCAAGUCGUCGGACGAGUGCGAUGUCAACUGGCAGAUAACACGCCGCCGUACAUGUACUUAGACCGGAACUGGCAAAUCUACGACACCGAACAAAUCGGAAGUAAAAUCGCCCAAGUACACGGCAACGACGCAGAAAACGGUCAGUUGAUUUACGGGUUGGAACCCCUGCAGUUUUUCGGGUCGAAAAAACCGCCCGACAAACUCCCGUUCAGGAUAGACCGGGACACGGGAGCAGUCUAUCUGAACGAGUCACUAAAAGGAAGGGCUGGCGAGAACCUGCACCUCUACGUCACCGUAUCCGACGGCGAAUUGGCGGCUAAAACUGAAGUCUACGUCAACAUAUUGAACGCGUCCUCCCCCCUCAGGUCUUCCCCGAAGCGUCCAGCGUUUCCCCCAUCGACGGGUGUGUUUCCCCCCGGCUUCAUCAACUACCCGGGAUUCAAUUCGAGGCCUGCGCCGAUCCCACAAGGGGUUUUAAACAACCUCACCAACAAUCCGCCUUCCUCUAUCACCAAUAACCCUUCCACGCCGCACUUUCAGCAGAAGGCACCGAAAAUAACCCAACUGAAACCGGUGGAGGGGGUGGACGCUGAAGAAAAAGGUCCGUCAAGGGUCGGCACGACGUCCACCGCCACCAUUCCGAAGAAAGACGUUAAAGAAGAAAGCGUCGAGAACGAUUUGGGGGACGACUACGGUGUACGAGAGUCUUCCGAGAUUGGGUCGACCGUAGUGCCGAUAAUGUCUGUGCUAGCGGUUUUCUUCACCGUGGGCGUGCUCGCCGCCAUUUUUCGGAAAAGGAUAUACCUCGGAAAGACUAAGAAAUCUAAGGAAGACAUGUCAAAGGAACCGUCUGCUCCUACCAGUGACAAUCAGGGGAUAAACAUGCAAGAGUGGCGCGGACCAAGAGCCUUCAGCAACAGAUACGAGCCGUGGCAGAGUAACUACAAUCAUAUGCAGGUCGCGACGCAGGCGUCGGAGACAGUGAAACCCAUCGACCGGUGGGAAUUUCCACGUCACCACCUAAAAUUUUUCAAAAUCCUUGGCGAGGGGGCGUUCGGUCAAGUUUGGAAAUGCGAAGCCCAGGACUUGGAAGGAAAAGACAGCGGAUCGUCGAUAGUGGCGGUGAAAACGCUCAAGGAAAACGCAAGCGAGAAAGAAAGAUUGGAUCUCGUCUCCGAGCUGCAGGUGAUGAAGAUGCUCGAGCCGCAUCCCAAUGUCGUCAAACUGUUGGGCUGUUGCACGGAGAAGGAACCGAUCUUCCUCAUCAUGGAGUACGUCACCAAGGGGAAAUUACAAAGCUACCUGCGCAGCUCGAGGGCGGAGCGCUACUACAACAACAUGCACGGGAAAAGCAAUUCCCUCACCUCCCGCGAUCUGACGUCAUUCUGUUACCAAGUGGCCAAAGGGAUGGAGUUUUUGUCGUCCAACGGGAUCAUUCACCGUGAUCUCGCUGCUCGUAACAUCCUCAUCACCGAAGAUCACACCUGCAAGGUGGCAGAUUUCGGAUUCGCGCGUGACGUUAUAUCGUCGCUGGUCUACGAGAGGAAGAGUGAAGGUCGACUGCCUAUCCGGUGGAUGGCGCCCGAAUCCUUGUACGACAACAUAUUUUCCGUCAAAUCGGACAUUUGGAGCUUCGGAGUGCUGAUUUGGGAGGUGGUAACACUGGGCAGCACGCCAUACCCCGGACUAUCUGCAGCCGAAGUGAUGAAAAAGGUAAAAGAUGGCUACCGCUUGGACAAGCCGGAGCACUGUCGCAGAGAACUCUACAACAUAAUGUACUACUGUUGGGACAAGGAUCCCAGAGCUCGACCGUCCUUCGCCGAGUGCAUCGAGCUUCUCGAGAAGCUUCUGCUGACGGAGACCGACUACAUCGAAUUGGAGCGCUUCCCCGACCAUUCCUACUACAACAUGCUCAGCCUGAGCGGCGAGAAACUAUAGCGAAAGGUGUUAAUUAUUUAGAAAUUAAUAACGAUAACCAUAGACUCAGAACUUGGUAUGCUCGUUGGGCAUCUUAGACAUUUACUCAGAAAUCCACCGGAAUGUGGGUGUCCGGUAUAUCUGGCAAUUUUGAAUUUGCCUAUUAUGGCUGAGUAGCGAAUUUGGGACGCCCGAUCUUUUUUAUUAACUCAUAAUUAACGACUUUUAAACAUGGAGUUACGAUGAAACUGAGUUUAAGUUGCUAAAUUUGGGAUUGAGAACUCAACAAAAUAAAGAUCGAAAUAUUUGGCGGUUCACUCUGUGCAGUGUGUCUCAUUUUUGAUGGUUUUACUGCCCACCUCCCUUAUUAAAAGUGGCGUAGUCAGUUUUCCAUGGCCUACUCAUUAAAAAAAUGAAAUUGUAGCUUCCCAUUGGAAAUAGUUGCUUGGAAAUAGAAUGUGUUAUAUAUUUUUAAAAGGCUUAUAUCAAGCCUAAUAAAUAAAUAAAUAAAGCAACGUUUAUUUUAAGCUCGACAACAUACUUAACUUAGUAUUCCAAUUUUACAUUCUAAAAAUCAAAGCAAAAAAUAAAAAAAACGAUAAAAAAUAA